AUGCUCAAAGGCCCAUCUUUGACCUGGACCCGGGGCCCAACAAAAAAUCCAGCACAAAAAUCUGUCCGUGUCUCCAUCCGGCGGGACCCCUGGCAUCGGCGCCGCGACGCCCGAAGAGGCGGCGGGAUCUCCCGCCGGGCGAAGGAGGAGUACCAGCGCUCGUACACGGUCGCCGAGCCCCGCGGCCACCCGAAGGGCUACACGGAGUACAAAGUCACCGCCAAAUUCGUCUCAAGGGUGAAUCCGGACGAUGUCAAGGAGAUUGUGGUCUGGAAGAGGUACAGUGACUUUAAGAAACUGCACACGGACCUGGCUUACACCCAUCGCAACCUCUUCCGUCGCAUGGAAGACUUCCCCUCCUUCCCCAGAGCCCAGGUCUUCGGCCGCUUUGACCCCGAGGUGAUCGAAGAGAGGCGGAAGGCGGCGGAAGCCAUGUUGCGCUUCACCGUGCACAUCCCAGCCUUAAACAACAGCCCCCAGCUGAAAGAAUUCUUCCGGGGUGGAGAGGGGAGGAGUUGUCCUGGGCACUGCGACUCGCCUCCUCUGCCUCUCCCUCUGAUCCCGGUGCCCGUGGGGGGCAUCGAACAGGGCGAGGAUGCUCUGGGGUUAGUCCAGGAAGAUGGACUCCUGGACGCAAAGCCGGCGGCGGCCAGCAAAAGCGACGUCUCUGAGCCUCAGACGGAGAACAGAGAGGGGGCCUCUGAGCCCAUGAAACUGGAGGACCUGGACGCCCUCUUUGCCUUUGAGGAGGAAGACGAGGAAGAAGCUAAGAGCGACUCACCUUCCCACUGCCUCUUAUCGGUCCAAGAAUUAGCCCUCUUCGACCCCUGUUCCAAGGAAGCCUCUGCUGCCGCCGGUCUCUGCCACGGAGAAGAUCUGGCCUCUCUAGAAGCCUCGGGGACCAGGCCAGGGCCCUUGCUCAGUGCGGAAACGAUGCAGAAGCCCGAGGAAGGAGGGGCCUCGUUUGAUGCCAGCAGGUAUCUGCCCCUGGCAACGGAGCGGAUCCGGCAGGCCGUGCGGUGUGAAGCCACCAAAGACUACUCGGGGGCCUUUCAUGGCUACCGCAGCGGAGUUGACUUGCUCCUUCAAGGUCUGCAAGGGGAUCCAGACCCAGCCCGCAGGGAGGCGGUGAAGAAGAAGACGGCGGAGUAUCUCCAGAGAGCUGAAGAAAUCUUUCAGCAGCAUUUGAAACAUCUGGAGCUGUGAGGGAGGCCCCAGGCCCACCGUCGGCCCCCUGCCUUUCCUGCCGCUGGCAGACCAGGGAUCCACCCUGGUCACUUCCUGAUGCCAUUUUUGUAGGGUGCUGGGAUUCCAGUGUAAAACCAGUUUGUACAUUUUCUUUCAAA